AGAGAGAGAGAGAGAGAGAGAGAGAGAGAGAGAGAGAGAGCAGCAGCACUUAUUACACGAGUCUCCUCGUCGUCUCCACACCUCAGCUGACAAGUCGGGCCAGCCUUCAACUUCACCACCGACACAAAACUCAACUCGCAAAAAAGGGACAAACACAGGAAGACAACUCAUAGAGACGCGCCAAGAGUUUCCCAGAAGCGACCGCUGCCUGCAACAACGCGGAACCCACCGGGCUAUGGACAGGAGGAUGAACUUGAACGGCGGCGCAGCGGACAUUUUUCACAAAACUCUCAGCGCCGUGUCCACUAAAAAAAUGGACGCGUUCAGGUCAUCGGCCGGCAUCGAACUACCAGCAAGAGACCGUCAGUCACCCAUCAGCUGCUUUGACCAGAACGACCCAGACCCGAUUCAGCCGGGAGGACUGGCAGGAGGUAGAGCGGGGUCACUGGGUCUGCCGACCGGAUCUUUGUGCGUCAAUUUCGGCGAGAGCGCCAACCGGACCUCGGUGGCGGAGAGCAGCGGCGGAGAGCAGAGUCCCGACGAUGACAGCGACGGCAGGUGCGACAUGGUGCUUCGGACGGGGCCCGGGGGGAAAGGAGGAGGAGGUGGGAAAACCAGAGAGCAGAAAACGCUGAGGCUAAACAUCAACGCCAGAGAGAGACGGAGGAUGCACGACCUGAACGACGCGCUGGAUGAGCUCCGAGCGGUCAUCCCUUACGCGCACAGCCCGUCGGUGCGGAAACUCUCCAAAAUUGCCACUUUGCUGCUCGCGAAAAACUACAUCCUCAUGCAGGCGCAGGCUCUGGAGGAGAUGAGGCGGCUGGUGGCGUAUCUGAACCAGGGCCAGGCCAUCUCCGCCGCCUCGAUACCGGCCACCACUGCCCUCGCAGCUCCCCCGAGCUUGAGCGCGUACGAGCAGCCGCCUGGAUAUCCUCCCUUCCCCACCGGACUCGCUGCGUCCUCCUGCCCCGACAAAUGUGCCCUAUUCAACAACGCCACCUCCAGCCUCUGCAAACAGUGCACUGACAAGCCUUAACUGACUGCGGCUGACAACAACAACAACUUUAAAAAAAAAAAAAAAAAAAAAAAAGAUUCACCAAGAAGCACAUGAGACAGCAGACACCACUUUGAAGAACACUUUGGGGGAGAGAGGGGGGAGACCUGUGAGACUACUGUUGUUGAAGUCAGUAGACUAGAGACAAAGAAGUAACGCCGAUGAAUACUUUUAUAAUAUUUACUAAAUGCAUUCAAAACGCGCUUUUUUUUUCCUCUUCUUUUUUUUGUUCAAACAAUACUUGAUUGUGUAUAUAAAUCAUCCUUAAAGUGCUGGUAUGAAUGGCAGUGAAGACCAAACACAAGUACAAGUAGGCCCGUUAAGAGUUGGCUGAGUGAGUUUGUUGACCACUUUGCUCUGUUGUGGACUCUUUGUUUUUGGAGAUUCGACCUGACAACCUGCGGCUCUUUUUUUUUUAUUUAUUUAUUUUUUAUCUUCCACUCUGAAUAGAUGGACACCUUCCUGGAGCGUCGGUCCAAACCUCACUCCUCAACUCUGCUGCUUCCACAUUUAUUUAUUCUCUCUCUCUCUCUCUCUCUUUGCGUUUUACUUCCUCACCCCCUCUUCUUUCCCUUCUCAUUUCACCUCACACCUGACUGGCUGACUGGCUCGAGGCCUGUCCUCAUGAACUUUUCUAUCGAGCACGUGGAAUGUCACGAAGAAGGUGAACAAAGUCAAAAUCAAGUAUAAGAUCAGUCAGAUAUUUAUGUGCUAAUCCGGACACUUGUUAAUAGUUGCGCACGCCUAUUACACGUUCUUUUUUUAAUUUUAUUUUGGAGGGGCACUGUGAUAUAAUAAAAUGUCAGAAACAUUUAGAAGGGUUAUCAGGUGUUUCGAUGUGUCUUUUUGUAAUUUAUUAAUUGGGAUAUUUAUAUUGGAUAUUUCUACAUGCAGCCUUUUAUUUAUUUUAUUUUUUUUCCGUUUGCUGCGUUUCUUUUUUCUU